AUGGCUCAUUCAGAUCCCAUGGAGAUGUAUGCCGGUUUCAUCAGCAAUCAGCUCAAUCAUCAGCAUCAGGACCAAAUGGACUUCACGGAGUCCAUUCAGCCAGGUCAAGUACGGCAUGAGAACGAUCAGCACGAGAGAGAGGAGCACAUCCACAACUCGAUCGAGACCAAAGAGCACGAAGACGAAGGAGUGCUGGAGGAAGAAGUCACUCAAGAAGAGACUUCGGCUGAACAACCGCUCUCCGAAGCGGAACGGGAGCUUGUGGCUAUUGGAAGCGCUUUGCAGAGCUACAAUACCAAUGACGGUGGUCUUAUAAUCAUCCACAACCAGCUGGCCAGUGCCUUCAGGGCCAUGACCAUUGCCGUUGACGUGGAAUUGAGGAACUUCGAUGAGACGGAAGCACAGCUUCAGGAAGAGCGGGAAAAGCUCGACAAGAAAGGGGCGGAUCUUGAAGAGAAAGAGUCCAAGCUUGACACACUUCAGGCGGCUAUCGACGGGGAUCGAGAAGAUCUCAAAGCCGAACAGAUCAAACAUGAAGAGGCCCGCAGCACCCUCGCAAAUGCCAAGACAGACUUCGAUCAAGAGCGUCGUGAGCUCCAGGCCGAAUUGGACCGCCUUGAGGAAUAUGAUGCAUCGAAGGAAGACUUCGAUGUUCGGGUGCAAGCCUUAGAGGCUGCAGAAGCUAACAACGACAAUCAAGUUGACACUGUGGAACAGACUCUACAAAAGGUCGUUGCCGCGCGCGGAAAGAGCGAUGAAGAGUUCGAACGAUUACGAAAGACGUUGCUCGAAACCCAGAAAGAACUCCACAAGACCCAGAAAGAACUCGAGCAGCUAAAAGCAGAGAAUGACAUCUUGCGCCCUGGUGGCACUCUGGAGUUCGUGAACACCGAAGACCGCGGCCGCAGGAUUGAUCGCGAAAAUCGGAAGAGAUCUCGCCUCGAAGGCUCUCGAUCAUCGUCUGAGUCUCGCAUCAACAGCCCCUCGACACUGGAGCUGUGGGAUCACCGCAUAUCAGAUGUUGACCUUGAUCGCGAAUCACAACAGGUCAGAAUAACAGCCACGAGCGACUUGCCAGUGUCGUCGACUCAGCAGGGCAGUGGCCACGACGCACAAGUCGCCGAAUCAUCUACAGAUGAUAAAGGCGGCAAUCUUGGGCGCACGCCUACCGCCGUCACUCCGUCCCCAUUUCGACUUCGCACGCCAGCAGCGCAGCGAUCAAGUCGGCUCACUCGCACGGCCUCAGUCAGUCUCACCACCGCAACACCGUCCUCGAUUCAGAAACCACGCAAGUCUGUGGCAACUCCUACAGUCCGUCGAUCACCCAAAUGGCCGAAAGACGAGGAGAAGACCAAGACCCUCGAUGAGGUUGCACGAGAGUUGAAGCUCCUAAGCGGGGAUUUUAUAUCACCUGCGAUGAUCACAGUGCUCCAGAGAGGGCUCUGUUUGUUUCAGAGUGCGGCCAACUACGGGAGCCUUAUGACGAAGGCGUAUGGUCCCAAGUGUGCGAGCGCUCGUGCUUCCAGAGGCGAUUCUGCCAUGGACAGCAAGCAAGAGCACUCUUGCGCAUAUUGCGAAACCCACGGCACACUGUGCAUUCGCGUCACCAACGACGUUCGAACAGUUCUCCCACGCAAGGCCGCCAUCGACCGAGGAUACGACCAAGUACCACAGUUGCUAUUGGCCUCGAUUUUGACCACAAUCAUCACCAUUGCUGAUGCUCUCGAUGCGGAACGUUACUUCACCAUCAUUGCCGUCACUCUCGGUGCUGACCAGCUGGUCAAGACAACAUCACCAUCACUGGGCGUCCUGGGUGCAGAGACUUGCUUCAUCACCGAUGUCACUCUGGGUGCAGACAUGCACCAUUGCUGA